AGUAGUCGACGACUUUCUUCCACCAUUUUACCCUCCCCAAACAAAAAAAAUCUACAUAUGGAAGCAAUGCUUGACUUGCACAGCUUCGAACUCGUCAAUCCAUUUUUUUUCCCUUUCUCAAAAUCCCCCUUUAGCUCCUCACUUUUUCUCUUUAAUUUAAUCUUCCCUUUUUCUCUCUUUCUUUUUCCCUGUAUAUAUAUACAUAUAAAGAAUCAGUAUUUUCUGUUUCUCCUUAUACAAACAUGGCUAAUUCUUGUACAAUUGGCAAUUUUUUCGUUGCCCCAAUUCUUUUCUUGGCGAUUCUUGGAUACCAGUUGCAGAGAACUAAUGGGUUUGGGACUUUCGGGUUUGAUAUCCAUCACCGGUAUUCGGAUACGGUGAAUGGUAUUUUGGACCUUCAUGGGUUGCCUGAGAAAGGCAGUGUUCAAUAUUAUUCAGCUUGGACUCAACGUGAUCGGCUUAUCAAGGGCCGCCGCCUAGCUGAUACAACUAAUCCCACAGUGCCCCUCGCUUUUUCUGGAGGAAAUGAAACUUUGCGGCUCAGUUCUUUGGGAUUCUUGCAUUAUGCAAAUGUCACUGUGGGCACUCCUGGACUAUCAUUUCUAGUGGCACUUGACACUGGCAGUGACUUAUUUUGGCUACCAUGUGCUUGCAGCAACUGUGUGCGUGCCCUUCAGACACGCACUGGAGGACGAAUAAAUCUUAAUAUCUACAGCCCUAAUAUGUCUUCAACGAGCGAGGUUGUUCCCUGCAAUGGCAGUUUGUGUGGACAAAGGAGACGAUGCUUAGCUUCACAGAACGCAUGUGCUUAUGGAGUUGCAUAUCUCUCCAAUAACACCUCAUCAACAGGGGUACUGGUGGAAGACAUAUUACACUUAGAAACAAAUAAUGCUCAACAAAAAAGUAUUGAGGCUCCAAUUGCUCUGGGGUGUGGGAUAAGACAAACGGGUGCAUUUUUAACUGGCGCAGCUCCUAAUGGUCUGUUUGGACUUGGUUUGGAAAAUAUAUCUGUUCCAAGCAUGUUAGCAAGUAAAGGUCUUGCUGCAAAUUCUUUCUCCAUGUGCUUUGGACCUGAUGGUAUCGGAAGAAUAGUAUUUGGAGAUAAAGGAAGUCCAGGCCAAGGAGAAACGCCACUCAAUCUUGAUCAACCACACCCAACUUAUAACAUCAGCCUGACAGGAAUAACAGUAGGAAGCAAGAUCACUGAUCUUGAUUUCACAGUCAUUUUUGACUCUGGCACUUCAUUCACAUACUUGAACGAUCCAGCUUACAAAGUCAUUACAGAAAACUUCGAUUCUCAAGCAAAACAGCCACGUAUUCAACCUGAUGGUGAAAUUCCUUUUGAAUACUGCUAUGGGAUAAGUGCAAAUCAAACUACAUUUGAAGUUCCAGAUGUAAAUUUGACAAUGAAAGGUGGAAACCAAUUUUAUCUUUUUGAUCCGAUAAUAAUGCUCUCUCUCCCGGAUGGUUCAGGCGCAUACUGUUUAGCUGUAGUGAAAAGUGAGGAUGUCAACAUCAUUGGACAAAAUUUCAUGACUGGCUAUCGCGUAAUAUUUGAUCGGGAGAAGAUGGUUUUGGGUUGGAAAGCCUCUGAUUGUUAUGAUUCUAGAGAAUCAAACGAUAGCUCAACUACUCUUCCCGUGAACAAGCGUAAUUCUACUGAAGCUCCUUCGCCUGCCAGUGUGGUGCCAGAGGCCACCAAGGGAAAUGCAAGUGCAAAUGAACCCGCUACAUCGUUUCCAUCUGUUCCAUCAUCUAGACCUGCAGGAAACCACGCACCACAUUUCAAAUCCUUCUAUUGCCAACUUAUGAUGGCUGUCUUUUCCCUUUUUAGCUAUUAUUUGAUUAUUAUUUCUUCAUGAGGCUUUUAUUUGCCCUCUGUAUAAUAUCGAGCUCUGUUAAAGCAUAGAAUUGAAGUGUUCCACAGCAUUUUUGAUAUUGCUGUUUAUACCGAGUAUGUACUGUAAAUAUAACUCUGAUUUCUUUCUUU